GUCCCUUUUAUUUCAGCUACGGACAUCCACACAGAGAAGUGAUGCUGCCUGCGCGAAACAGUGAAGCACAGUUGAGGAACAGCCUUGAAGCGCUUUUGGAACUGCUGCAGUGAACGAACGGAUACUCUUCGCCCUCAUCUCAGCACCAUUCGCCACUUCGCUAUCGUAGGAUAACAGAAUAAGAACUUCCGUGGAAGAUGCUGGCUGGACCUGGGCCCUAACGGCAGACUGAUGGCCCGUGCUGCUGCUGCAGACCCACACCCAGACCAGGAGGAGUGACCCAAUGACUAAACGUCUGACUAAAGACCACUGAUCAUUUCACACUAACACCCAGAGGGAAGAGACCAUAAACUACAAUCAAGCUGUGGUUGAAGCCUUUGUAACUACUGACCUGGCAGUCAUGUUGAGAGGCAGAACUGUCCUUCUCCUGCUGGUCCUCUGGGCGUACCUGUGUUCCCAUGGGGACGGGCUGCGGGCCCUGAAGAGGACUACAGGGGGUCGGCGGGGGGCGGCGUUGACGCUGACGGGGCAGGACGCCAACGGAGUGCCUCUGAGACGCUCCAAACGAGGAUGGAUGUGGAACCAGUUCUUCCUGCUGGAGGAGUACACAGGGUUGGAUAACCAGUAUGUUGGAAAGCUCCACUCAGACGGGGACCGGGGUGACGGUAGCAUACGGUACGUCCUGACUGGCGACGGAGCCGGUACUCUGUUCGUCAUUGAUGAGAACUCAGGAGAUAUCCACGCCACUAAGAGGCUAGACCGGGAGGAGAAGGCCUACUACACUCUCCGGGCCAAGGCCGUCAACAGGAUCACUAACACCUCUCUAGAGGGAGAGUCAGAGUUUAUUAUCAAGAUCCAUGACAUCAAUGACAAUGAACCCAAGUUUACCAAGGAUCCCUACUUCACACACGUACCUGAGAUGUCCCCACUGGGCACAGUGGUGAUGCAGGUGAUCGCUACAGACGCUGACGAUGCUACGUACGGUAACAGUGCCAGGGUGGUCUACAGCAUCCUACAGGGACAGCCAUACUUCUCUGUAGAUCCCAACACAGGUGUGAUCAAGACAGCCCUGCCAAACAUGGACAGGGAGACGAAGGAGAACUAUGUCGUUGUGAUCCAGGCUAAAGACAUGGCUGGCCAGAUGGGUGGGCUAUCAGGGACCACCACAGUCAGCAUCACCCUGUCUGAUGUCAAUGACAACCCACCACGCUUCCCCAAGAGUCUGUAUGAGUUCAAAGCUCCUGAGUCGUCAGAGCCUGGCUCGACGGUGGCCGUGCUGCGAGCUACAGACGCUGACAUUGGCAGGAACGCUGAGAUGAACUAUCGAAUCACCAGCAGUGACGGCCCAGCCAUGUUCGACAUUUCAACCAAUAGGAGCACACAGGAGGGUGUCAUCACCCUCAGGAGGCCUCUGGACUUUGAGAGGAAGCGGUCGUACACUCUAAGGAUCCAGGUGGAGAACUCUAACCCUGACCCACGGUUCCUGCGCUACGCGGCGACCACAGACGAGGCGACGGUCAAGUUGAUCGUGGAGGAUGUGGACGAGCCGCCGGUGUUCGACCGGGUCAGCUACGUCAUGGAGGUCAAAGAGGACUCAGCCAUAGGCACCAUCAUUGGAUCGGUCAGUGCCACAGACCCAGACAGCAGCCGCAGCCCUGUCAGGUACUCUAUUGACCGGCGUACAGACAUGGACAGGGUGUUCAACGUGCACCCGGGUAACGGCUCAGUGUUCAUGCUAAGGACUCUGGACAGAGAGGAGAACCCUUGGCACAACAUCUCUGUCAUCGCCACUGAGUUCAACAACCCACGGCUGAUUAGCCGCAUACCAGUCUACAUCAGAGUACUGGACGUUAAUGACAACGCUCCUACAUUCGCCACUUACUACGAAACCUUCGUCUGUGAAAACGCCAAGGCUAACCAGAGGAUUCAGACAGUGAGUGCUACAGAUGCUGACGAGCCUAUCGGUGGACACAGAUUCUUCUUCAGUCUAGCACACGAGGUCUCAGGGAAAGCCAACUUCACCGUCCGAGACAACAAAGACAACACGGCUGGGAUCCUGACCAGAAGGAACAGCUACAGCCGGCUACAGAGGAGCACCUACCUGGUUCCCGUGGUGAUAUCGGACGGGGACUUUCCCAUGCAGAGCAGCACCAACACCCUGACUGUGCGUGUUUGUACCUGCGACCGCGAGGGGAACAUGCAGCUGUGUAACCAGGAAGCUCUGGUCCUCACCGCAGGGCUCAGCACUGGAGCUCUCAUGGCCAUCAUCAUCUGUGUCCUCAUACUGCUCAUAAUCGUGGUGCUGUUUGCUGUCCUGAGGAGGCAGCAGAGGAAGAAGGAGCCUCUGAUCAUCUCCAAAGAGGAUGUGAGAGACAAUGUCGUCAGCUACAAUGAUGAGGGGGGCGGAGAGGAGGACACCCAGGCCUUUGAUAUCGGCACGCUGCGCAACCCGGAGGCUAUCGAGGAGACCAAACAGCGCAGGGACAUUAAGCCCGAGACCCUGAACCCUCCCGUCCGUCGGACCAUGGUCCUCCCUCCUGCCUACAGGGACAACUCGGAUGUCAGGGAAUUCAUAAACCAAAGGCUCCAGGACAACGACCAGGACCCCACAGCGCCGCCCUAUGACUCCCUGGCCACCUACGCCUACGAGGGAAGCGGCUCGGUGGCUGAGUCCCUGAGCUCCCUGGGCUCCGUGACCACGGAGGGAGACCAGGACUAUAACUACCUGAGCGAGUGGGGACCCAGGUUUAGAAAACUAGCUGACAUGUACGGGGGAGAGGACAGUGACGGCUACAGGGAUUCCUAACCAGAGAGAAGGGAGCUCAUAAGAGGAAAAAGGAAAAUGUACAACAAACAAAUACUCAUGCACUAGCUAAAGUGAACUUAACUCCUGGUACUUUGUGAAAGUGGCAAACAAUACAACAAAACAAGAAGGACACAAACAGACAAGGCAGUAUUUUUCAAAGUGCUCUUUUACCGUUAUUGAUCACCGUUGAUCUUUGACCUCACUGGAGGACCUGGACGGUGACGCUUGGUGACCCCUGACUGUAUUAGUGGUCUCUCUCUGCAAGGCAGCCGGGGACUCAUGAGGAAAAGACUUGUCAAGAAGACGCGUCGUUGUAUAUGGGGGUACUGUAUUCUGUGCAUCAGGCCCCACAUAUAUCUCUAUAUACAAACACACUUCUUCUCUUUUGUUUUUCAAAAGCUGCCUGCAAUAGAGGGAUGAAAAGCAAGCGGUUUUCUGGUGAACUUGACAGACAUCAUCUAUGAAUUGUUCAGAGUUUCUGGAAUGAAAAGCUGCAUAUUGUGAGAUAUAUCUUAUAUUGUGUGUAUCUGUAUAUUGAUACAAUAUGCUGUACAGUUCUGUUUUGUUAUCAGGUUUCUAGCGUCCCAUUCCCUUAUAGCAUUGGCUAUGUAUGUCACAAUCUUCUUUUGAAGUCACAUAAAGCCAUGCUAAGAGACUGAGGGGUGCAACCAUAGAAAUAGAAUGCUCUAAUUCUAUGGGUACAGUCAAAAUGGCUGCCAGUCCACCGACUGUGGCAUCAUUGACUUGAAUGGGGACACCCACUCUACUCAUUCAAUUUCUAUGGGUUGUACGUCACCUUUCUGACCGUCAAUAACACCUGAUCCACAUAGCUUUACAUAUUCUGCAUCCCAAAUGACUCCCAUUCCCUAUAUAGUGCACUAAAUUUGUACCAGGGUACAAUAGUGUGCCAUUUAGGACAUCAUUCUCUGUGGGGGGGAGCUGAAACACCCGGACCAAAAAGCUCCUCAGAGCGCUGACUAUCUGAAAAAACUAAUGUCAAUAACACUUUGCAAUAAGGUACUCUUUAUAAAGGGUUAAUGGAAGGUGUUACCCUAAUGAACUAAACAUGCUCAAAUGAAACAUGAUUCUUUACUCAGUGUUUUACUUUAUGCUUUUCUUGGUUAAUUAAACUGAGUAAUUGAUUGAUGGUUGACCAUCCAUUUGUGAUGUGCACACUGACAAAGUUUCGCAGGCCUGACAUAUUGGGACUACAGUAUGUGGGGAGAAAGGCUAGAUAUUAUUAAGGGAAAUAUGCCAUUUUCAGUUGUAAGAAAGAAUGUUGACAUUCCGUUGGGAUUGUCAUUGACAUAAGAGGUACAGGUCAACACAAUAUUGGGAUCAUAAAAUGUUUUGACAUAUACAUAUGAAAUGGUCAUUAGAUUGGUUUGCCAUCAUGAAAUGGUUUGACAUAUACGUAGUAAGAAAAUUGAGCAAUUCAAAUGAAGCAACUUGCCCAAGGCCAAAACAUACAAAUUGAACAAUAUGCAGAAGGAUGACAUUUAUCAGACAUUUCAAACUAAUAACACAACUGACAUAAUUGCCACAAUGACGGUGAUAUUAUUUCCGUCUCUGUCCGCAGCAUUCACAAUUCACACAAACUGUACAUAUAUUAUUUUUCCAAAACAUCUAUGGAUGUAAACAAUGAAAAUUGUGAGGUAGCUUAGACAGUCCUCUAAGUCAAGAACACACUUGUUAAAAAUGUAUACUAUAUUAUAUGCUAAAUAAUUGUAAUAAGCAAGUUAUUUUCUUUUUCUAUUUCUUUGACCAUUGAGCGCCCACUGUGUGACUAUUUGAGAUUGUGGCAAACAUUGCUUUGAUAAGCAUUCAUUUGGGUUCCUAAACUCUCCGAACUGAAGAACAACCGUUCUUCUUCAGCCCUGAACGGUAGACAUGAGUUUAAAUUAGAAGAGAAAAUGGCAACAAAAGAGUGCUUUAUUUUCCCCUCAUUAUUAUUUUUCUUUAAAAAGGGGCAAUCUGGGAUUGGUACAUCCAUUUUCUCUCUUUAAUUCAGGGUGUCAGCAGCAUCUCACUAUAAAUACAUGUUUGUGCUUCUUUAUCGAGACUGUUCUUGCCUUUCAGCAUUAAUACCAUGCUCAGCUAUGGACAUGCAUUAAACAAACAAGUACAUCAAGCAUCCAGUGUCACAACACAAGUCAAUGCUAUUGGGGGAUUGUAGAGAAAUGUUAGCUGCCAGAUAUGGUUAGCCUAUAGUAAGCUCUGGUCCAGGGCGUUAGUGUGGCUUGCUUAUGCGGAGGCUUUCUGUUCACACUCUGGACCAGAGAUAGUUCUGAUGUCCUCUUUCUAAAGAUAUGAUCGGUCUGUUGGGUGUUCAAGGUGUUCAUGUAGACACGGUUGGUUAGCCUUAAGGUUGCCUCUAUAUUAUGUUGUUGACUAUGUGAUUGAGCAGUCUAUGGCUGCAUCCCGAUUCUCCACCCAUUCUUAAAGCGUGCACAUUUACACUUCCAGUAAUGGUUUUAAAAGCAUAAGAAUUGUGUCAGCAUUGGUUAGGGGGAGUUGCCACCAUUGUUAAAUCCAUCCAAGUAGCGUCAUGUCCAGGGGUUAUACAUCAAGCUGCAUCAAGCUACAGAAACAGGAGAUAGGCUCCUGCCCAUAUGAGCCGUUCUGGCUUGUCCAUGGGUUACUUACUAUGCGAGGAAGUGCACACUUCAGGAGAAGGGUGGAGAAUCGGGAUGCAGCCUAAGUUUUGUCUAUGUGGAUUAAUACUAUGAUAGGUUACUGUAUGUGCAGUAGUUUAAAGGGGCCCUGUCAUGAUCCAAUGCCCAUUCAUUCAUCUGCUUUGUACAAUGUGAUUUUUGUACUGGAUAUUUAUAUGACUCAACACAAUUAAAGAUCUUUAAAAUCCUUA